CGAGGGAGUACAAAAUACCCCCGUAGUAUAUACAGUCGAUUUUUAGUGGUUCAGACUAAGAGGAUUUAUUUUUGUUCCAAAAAAAAGGAGAAAGUCAGAGAGCUUACGUCCGGAACUGAUGGAAGGGUUUUGGGGCUAUUUCCGGCCAGAUUUGAUCGCCAUAAGUGGUUUCAAGCUAACCCAUACCCAUGUUUAAGCUCUCUGGAUUCAGUGGAAGAUUAUCAAGCAACAUGUGGGAGCCAUCUUAUUACAUGUAGCCUUUUUGGGUUCAACAUCUUUUCACUGCACACACAAUGAAGCAAAUGGAACCCUUGAAGACUGAAACAGACCUUGACCAGAUCAGCAACUUGCCAGCACAGAUUACUGACAAGAUCUUGUCACACCUGUCAUUGAGGGAUGCUGUCACGACAAGUGUCUUGUCCAGUAAAUGGAGAUACAAAUGGGUUACCCUUCCAAACCUUAUAUUUGACAAUGGUCUUUUGGUUUCAUUCCAAGACCAUUCCAUGAUAAAAAGUAAGAUAGUCAGCAUAGUUGACCACGUCUUGUUGCUUCACGUGGGACCCAUAAACAAAUUCAAGCUUUCUCACCGCGACCUUCAAAACGUCCCUGAUAUUGAUAAAUGGGUUCUCUUCCUAUCAAGAGGUCCUAUAAAGGAAUUCAUACUUGAGAUUUGGAAAGGCAAUCGCUAUAAACUCCCGUCUGCUACUUACCUCUUCCACAGAUUGGUCCACUUGGAACUGUUCAAUUGUCUUUUGAAACCGCCCGUGACAUUCAAUGGUUUUAAAUGCUUGAAAAGUCUUGAUCUUCAGCACAUUUCCAUGGAACAAGAAGCAUUCGAGCAUCUCAUCUCUAGCUGUUCUUUGCUCGAGAGAUUGACUUUGAUGAAUUUUGAUGGUUUUACUCAUCUCAAGAUUCAUGCUCCCAAUCUCAUCUACUUUGAUGUUGGGGGCACUUUUGAUGAGUUGAGUUUCAAGGGUACCUCCCAUCUAGCAAUAGUGUCGAUUGGCUUAUAUCUAAAUGAUGGAAAUGAACAAAACCUAGGCUUUGCGAGGAGUGGAAAUCUAGUCAACUUUUUUGCUCAUUUGCCAAGAAUACAAAGGCUUGAAGUGCAGAACUACUUUUUGAAGUAUUUGGCUGCCGGUGUGGUACCGGAAAGAUUAUUUACACCUUGUAACGAGCUUAGUUACCUUUAUAUGCGCUUUAAUUUCAACUCUGUGGGUGAGUGUCUAGCUGCUCUAUGCCUUCUCAGGAGUUCUCCUAACCUUCAGGAACUUGAAGUUGUGAGUUGGGCAGAGGAACAGAAAUCAGAAGGCGGGAGUGCGACGGUGGUGGAAGAGAAGUAUGAAACUGUUUCCAAGUUUAACAGACUGCGAGAGGUGAAGAUGUUUGGCCUCUCUGGAUUCGCACAAGAGCUCAGCUUCAUAAAGUUUCUUCUGGGGAGUUCACCGCAACUCGAAACCAUGACUGUGAAGCCCUUGACGAAUGCGGGAUCUUGGGAUUUGUUGAAACAGCUCCUUCGCUUUAGGCGCACCUCUGUCCAUGCCGAAAUCAUCUUCCUCGAUCCCUAGCACCAUGCAUUAUAAUAAUGGUGUGCUUCAACAACUGAAACAAGACUAUUGUAUUUUAAUAUAUGGUGUAUGGUUUUUAUAGUAUCAUGCUUCCUAUGUACCAAAAUGGUACAUUUCCCCGUUUUUUCACUCCGUGGAUAAAAUUCGUCUGUGUCCUCUUUUCGGUGUACAAAGAGUAUUUCAGCAUUUAGCAUUAGAGUUUUGAAAAAGUUAUUUAUCAGCAAUGUGUAGCGGUAACAUUUUUUAAGUUAACUUAAGCUAUUAAAAUUUUUAUCCCAAA